AUGGUCCUCUUCUUUCGACAGACAUGGACUUUGACGGUUAAAAACCUGCUGGUUGUCCUUGUCCGUCCGUUAUUCACGACCAUCCUUCGCGCACUAAUUCUGCCCGUCUUUUUCGUGGCCUUUAUAUCCUAUGCGCGCAAUCUGUUCAUCCAACCGGCAACUUAUGGGAUAGGUGAACCGACACGCAUACGGUCAUUCAGUGAUGGGCUGGCCUCGGUUGGUGCGGGAAGAAACAGGCUGAUCUUCGUGCACAACGGUCUCGUUGGCGGCCCAAUUGAGCAGGUCAUAGACGAAGUCGCGGAGCCAGUAAGAGUCAGUCAAAAUGAAGUUCACAUUCUUGCAGACGAGUCAGAAAUGAGACAAUUGUGUCGGACAACACUACGGGGUAUGUCCAGGUGUAUUGCGGCGGCCAUUUUUCAUUCGUCCCCAACAGAAGGGCCCAACGAGGCGUGGAACUACACGAUAAGAACCGAUGCAGUCUUGGGUCAGGGAAUAGACGUGGAUAGUACCAGCAAUGACCAGGAGAUUUACCUCCUUCCGUUUCAACGCGCCAUAGACUGGGCAAUUGCGCGGACGAACUCAUCAUUCGAUGCGAACGAUCUUCCUAAAGAGGUCGAGUCCAAACAUUCCUACUUCCAGAUCCUCUACUGA